AUGAAGCCAGCAUCACCAAAAGGAGGUGCUGUGAAUAUCGAAGUGCCUCCAGUGCAACAAAAGCACACAACGACGUCCAUGGGCGACCGGUACCGCGGAGGCCUUGCGGCGGCGAUUGUGUUCCUGAUUGUGUUCUCCGCGUACGUGAUUUAUGUGUGGACGCCCAUCGGCCUGUCGCUGACGGCGGCGGAUUUCUCCGUGACCAGCUCCGAGGCCGUCGACGCCUUUGUCUUCAUCUGCAUGGGCACGUGGACAAACACCACCAUCCUUCACAACGCCGUGUCGUCGCUGAGAACCACGGGCGGGUGGGAAGGCGAGGUGUACGUGAUCACAGACCGGCAGGACGGUUGGCCGUCGCUCAGGGACAAGUACAGCGUGAACGUCAUUGGCGUCGACGCCGUCGCCUCCAAGCUGGCCAUCCACUCGUUCAAGUGCCAGAUGUUUGACGUGCUGCCUGCGCACGUGCACAACGUGCUGUACAUGGACGCGGACAUUGUCGUGUCGCGACCUCUCAUGCCCUUCUUCAAGUACCUCAGCAACCACAAGACGGAGCACCCGAGCAGCAAUCUGGGCUUCUUCCGCGACAGCCGCGGCCAUUUCUUCGGCACGUGCGCGGAGUGCGACUACUGGCACGGUGGCGUGAUGCAAGCCGUGCGCAACGUCUCCGAGCCGUGUCUGCACAAGUGGUGCGAGGCCAUCUUCAGCGGCCGCUUCCCGGCGGACCAGCCCGCGCUCGAUUACAUCUCAAAGGAGGAGAGGGAGUGCCGCCACAUGUUUGUGAUGGACAGCCGCUUCCUCAUGUUCAUGAAGGACUAUGCGAGCGUGUUUCUGCGCCCGGCAAAGACAUUCUCGCACGUGACGGCGUUUGGGCGGCUCAACGAGCAGACCUGGUUCUACAGGCUCAUCGUCUACCUCAAACUCGGUGUUGCCAUGUGA